GGCCCACUCCGCGCCUCCGCUUCAGCUAGGAUGUGGCUCCUCCACACUCUGCUCUGCGUGACCAGCCUGGCUCCUCUGGGGGCCUUCAACGUGGAUGAGAACUGGAUCCGGGUGACUCCUGAGGAACACGGGCCUUAUGUGCUCAGCUCCCUUUUGCACCAAGACCCCAGCAGCAACCAGACCUGGAUGUGGCUGUACAGAAACUUGCGAGGACGUAAACUGGUGAAACCACCAAGGUUGCCACGUGUGGUCAAACUGAAGAUGCCCGUGGCCUUGGGCUCAGUGAUGCCACUCCCAGAUGCCAGCCCUGGAGGAUUCUCGUGGGGGCCGGGUGUUUAUGAGCAUGUCCCCAUCCCGAAGGGGAGGCACCGGGGCGUGGCAGUUGCCCGGAACCACCACGGUGUUUUGAUCUGCAUUCAAGUGGUGGCCCGGCGGCCCCACAGCCUCAGCUCAGAACUCACAGGCACCUGCAGCCUGCUGGCCUCCAACCUCAGUCACCAGGCCCUGGUCUCUUUCAACGACAUUGAAAAUCUCCUGGAUCCUGAGGCACAUGCGGAUGCUGGAGGCUGCUACAGGAACAAAAAAGGCAGCACUGAGAAUACAGCCAGGCAGCGCCGGGCUCUGAAGGUCAAAGAGGAGGAAGAGGAGGAAGAGGAGGAGGAGGGAGCUGGCACCGAGAUCGCCAUCGUCCUGGAUGGCUCGGGAAGCAUUGAUCCCCCCGACUUCCAGAGAGCCAAAGACUUCAUCUCCAACAUGAUGAGGAAGAUCUAUGAGAAGUGCUUUGAGUGCAGCUUUGCCCUGGUGCAAUACGGAGGCGUGAUCCAGACUGAGUUUGACCUUCGGUACAGCCAGGAUGUGAUGGCCUCCCUCAGCAAAGUCCAGAACAUCACUCAAGUGAAGGAUGUCACCAAGACAGCCUCUGCCAUGCAGCAUGUCCUAGACAACAUCUUCUCACCAAGCCACGGCUCCAGAAAAGAGGCCUCCAAGGUCAUGGUGGUGCUCACUGAUGGGGAGAUAUUCAUGGACCCCCUCAACCUCACGACUGUCAUCAACUCCACAAAGAUGCAAGGUGUUGAGCGCUUUGCCAUUGGGGUGGGAGAGGCAUUUACGAAGCCUAAGACUGAGACGGAGCUGAAGCUGAUCGCCUCGCACCCCCCGGAGACCCAUGCCUUCAAGGUGACCAACUACGCGGCGCUGGAUGGGCUGCUGAGCCAACUGCAGCAAAGUAUCGUUCCCAUGGAAGGCACGGUCGGAGAAGCCCUCCACUUCCAGCUGGCACAGGUCGGGUUCAGCGCCCAGAUCCUGAAAGAGGGGAAGCUGCUGCUCGGUGCUGUUGGGGCCUUUGAUUGGUCCGGGGGCGUGUUGCUCUAUGACAGGCACAGCUGCCGGGGCCAGUUCCUGAACCAGACGGUGGUGGACAGCAAGGCUGGAAAGCACAGCUACCUGGGUUACUCGCUGGCCGAGCUGCACAAGGCCAGUGGUCCUUCCUACGUGGCCGGGGCUCCCCGGCACAAGCAUCGAGGGGCCGUGUUUGAGCUCCGGGAGGAGGGCAGAGAGACCAACGUCGUGCCGGUGCUGGAGGGAGAGCAGAUGGGGUCCUAUUUUGGCUCUGAGCUGUGUCCUGUGGACAUCGACAUGGAUGGAACCACGGACCUCUUGCUGGUGGCGGCUCCGUUUUACCACGUUCGCGGACAGGAAGGCAGAGUCUACGUGUACCGCCUGAGUGAGCAGGGCAGUUCCUUCUCCUUGGCACACACGCUGAGUGGGCAGCCUGGGUUCCCUGAUGCCCGAUUUGGCUUUGCCAUGGCAACAGUGGGGGACAUCAGUCAGGAUAAGCUCACGGACGUGGCCAUCGGCGCCCCGCUGGAGGGUUUGGGGGCAGGUGAUGGCGCCAGCUUCGGCAGUGUGUACAUUUACAACGGAUGCCGGGACGGCCUCUCUACCAGCCCCUCGCAGCACAUCAGGGCCGCAGCGGUCGCCCCCCGACUCCACUACUUCGGCAUGUCCGUGGACGGUGGCCUGGAUGUGACCGGCGAUGGCCUUGCUGACAUCACCGUGGGCACCCUUGGUCGGGCGGCUGUGCUCCGCUCAAGACCUGUGGUGCGCCUGGUGGUGUCCCUCACCUUCACCCCCGAGGCGCUGCCCAUUGGCUUCAACAGCAGCGUGGACGUGAAUUUGUGUUUUGAAAUCAGCUCUGGGACCACAGCUGCCAUGUCAGGCCUCAGAGGGACGUCCCUGAAUUUCACGUUGGACGUGGAUGUGUUGAAGGAGAGGAAGAGGCUGCAGUGUGCGGACCAGAGAACUUGUCAGAGCUGCCUUCGGGAGUGGGGCAGUGGGCCCCGUUUCUGUGAGUCCCGCCUGCUCAGCCCCACAGAGGGAGAGCUCUGUGAAGAGGACUGCUUCUCCAACAUUACUGUCAAGGUCAGCUACCACCUCCAGAACUCCAAGGACCAGAUGAGCCAUCCCCACCCUGUCCUGGACAUCUACAGUGAGCCCUCCGCCAUCUUCCAGCUGCCCUACGAGAAGGCCUGCAAGAAUAAGCUGUUUUGUGUUGCUGAGUUACAGCUGACCACCACCUCUCCGACGGAAUUGGUGGUGGGUGUCACAAAGGAGCUGACAAUGAACAUCAGCCUAACUAACUCUGGGGAAGAUUCCUACAUGACAAACAUGGCUUUGACUUACCCCAGAAACUUACAGUUUAAGAGGAUACAAAAGCCUCCUUCCCCAAAUAUUCAGUGUGAUGACCCUAAGCCAGCUGCUUCUGUCCAGGUCAUGAAGUGCAAGAUUGGUCACCCCAUACUCAGGAGGGCAUCUGCAAACUUUUCAGUAGUUUGGCAGCUAGAGGAGAGUGCCUUCCCAAACAGGACAGCUGACAUCACUGUGACAAUCACAAAUGCCAAUGGAAGAAGCUCUUUGGUCAGAGAGACCCACAGACUUCACUUCAAGCAUGCCUUCAUUGCAGUUCUUCCCAAACCAGCAGUGAUGUACAUGAACACAAGCCAGGGGCUUUCUGAUCACAAAGAAUUCUCCUUCAAUAUCCAUGGGGAAAACUUCUUUGGAGCCGAAUUCCAGCUGCAAAUCUGUGUUCCAAUUAAAAUACAAGGGCUCCGGCUUAUAAGAGUGAAGAACCUGACAAAGACACAGGCUCACACCGUGUGCACCCAGCGGCCGGAGCGCGCUUGUGGGAGCGAGGCGGUUCAGCCCAUGGAGGAGUGGUAUUCGGUGCGCUGUGCCAUCGCUUCCGACAGAGAAAACGUGACGGUGGCAGCGGAGCUCGCCGCGAGUCAGUCUGAGCAGUUCCUAAGAGAUGUAACUGAACUGCAGAUCCUUGGUGAAAUUUCUUUCAACAAAUCUCUGUAUGAAGGUCUGAAUGCAGAGAACCACAGAACUAAGAUCACGGUCAUCUUCCUGAAAGAGGAGGGGUACCUUCCUUUGUCUCUCAUCAUCGGAAGCAGUGUCGCUGGCUUUCUGGUUUUGAUAGUGAUUAUAGUCGUGCUAUUCAAGUGUGGCUUUUUUAAAAGAAAAUACCGACAACUGAACUUGGAGAGCAUAAGGAAGGCCCAGCUGAAAUCAGAGAAUCAGCUCACAGAAGGUGAGGACCAGCCUCCUCGUCCACUGGGAGAAAACGUCAGCUAGUCCUCAACUCCUGGAGACUUGGUGUCGUACUGAUGACCUGGUCUUGUAGGAGGAUGCAGGGCAGAAUCUGAUAAAUUGUCAAUAGAGUAUUGUUUUUCAAUAAUACAUCGUCCCAAAAGUGCCUCUGCAUGUGCAAAAAUGAACUUGGGAAAGAUUUGGUGUUAAAUAGUGUUAAACUGUUUUUUUUACAGAAGUGUUUUUAAUAUACACAUAUAAUAUACUUUGUAAUUCUUUUUUCCUCCCAAGAAAUUAUAUAGCAUUUCUCAA